UCAGUGUCCCGGAUGUAAGCUAGAGGCAUCAAAAAACAUCCGUUAAUAUGGCGGCGAACAUUUGAAAAAAGAAAAGAAAAGAAAAGAAAAAUCCACGUGGAACCAUCAAAAUAUAACACAUUUAGCUAUCGUUUGAAUAUACUACAAGUUAAUGAACAGCUGCUGUUGCUUAGGGGAUGAAAAAAGGUUGAAAAAGGACGCACAAUUUUCAUUGAAUUGAACUUGAAUACAAGGAUACACGACGUUUGGUAGAAAGUUUGGUUCCGGUUUUCUCAAAUUCAUCGACAAAGGACUCCAAAGAACAAAGAAUUUCAGCCUUUUUCUUCAAAGUAUACUUGUUUACUUCAUCAUACGUCGUUUUACAGUAGCUACAGCGGCUGGCAGAGUUGAUAUCGUGAAAUAUUGUCAACGAAACAGGAACUACAACAACAACAAAAUAUUUUUUUUGUUUAUACUUGUAAAAAGCAGCUGAUUUCGUCGAACCAGAAAACGUAUUUUUAUUUCGACUGGAUCAUUUUCUUGUGGCUCAAGAUCAAAACUUUUAGAUUCUUAUAAGACAUCAAAACAGCUGUGGUAUUAGUAUUGAAGUCUACAGGGCUGGUUUACUUCAACUCGAUCUUCUGCUACUGAUAACAAUUAGUUUUUUUAACUCAAUUUAGAAUCAUAAGGAAGUAAUAAUAUCAAGAAUUUAAAUUUUGCUCCAGUGUGUAUUAUUUGGAAGCUUAUAGAGAAACAUUUAUAAUAUAUAUUAUUAAAAAUAAGAAUUCGAGGUACAAUGGAUCCAGAGUAUGAAAGACGACUUCUGAGGAGCCCAGGAGUUUCUCCCUUAGCAUCACCAUUAGCUGUUCGACGGAUCAAUUCCAGUCCAGGAAUCUCUCCCGCUAAGGACAGAUAUGGAGACAGAUUCAUCCCAAGCCGUGCUGGAUCCUUAUGGAAGGGGAAUAUUAACUUUGUUCAAGAAAAUAGUGAUCCAAGUUCUAAAAGUUUAUCUAGCAUAACCAAAGAAGCUGGAGGGGACAUCAAAGAGGGUAUUGCUUAUCAAUGUCUAUUGAAAAAUGAAUUACUGGGUGCUGGGAUAGAGGAUCUAAAGGACUGUCAAACAGAGGAUCGUAAAGUUCUAUCAAGCAACAGUAACUAUGUACAUAAUGUUUUCCAGUAUCAAGUAAGAAGAAGCCAGAAAGAAGAGGCUCAGUCAUCAUCUGCAUACUCUCUUUCUCCUGUAGGAAAGAAAAGUCAACGACUUCUAAGAUCACCAAGAAAGUCCACCAGAAAAAUAUCCAAGAUUCCCUUCAAAGUACUUGAUGCACCUGAUCUGGUGGAUGAUUUCUACCUUAAUUUGGUGGACUGGUCAUCUCAGAAUAUUCUUAGUGUUGGUCUUGGUACUUGUGUCUAUUUAUGGAGUGCGUGUACAAGUCAGGUAACAAAGCUUUGUGAUCUAUCAUCGGAUGGUGAUUCAGUAACAUCUGUGUCAUGGUCUGAAAGGAGUGGUUUGGUAGCAGUUGGUACAUACAAAGGUUUAGUUCAAAUAUGGGAUGCGUCUGCUCAGAAAAGAGUGUCAACAAUGGAAGGACAUUCUGCCAGAGUUGGUGCAUUGGCAUGGAAUGGUGACUUCUUAUCAUCUGGAAGUAGAGACAGACUUAUCUUACAAAGAGAUGUACGAUCACCUUCAACUAUAGAGGGACGACUUGUAGGGCACAGACAAGAGGUGUGUGGAUUGAAGUGGUCUCCUGAUCGUCAGCACCUUGCRUCAGGUGGGAAUGAUAAUAAAUUAUUAGUAUGGAAUCUAUCUGGUGUAGCACCAGUACAACAGUAUAGUGAACACACAGCAGCUGUCAAGGCUAUAUCUUGGUCACCUCAUCAGCAUGGACUGUURGCUUCAGGUGGAGGUACCGCGGAUAGAUGUAUUCGGUUCUGGAAUACCCUAACUGGACAGCCUUUACAAUGUGUAGAUACUGGAUCACAAGUUUGUAAUCUUGCUUGGUCAAAACAUUCCAAUGAAUUAGUAAGCACUCAUGGCUAUUCUCAGAAUCAGAUCUUAGUAUGGAAGUACCCUUCUCUUACACAAGUAGCCAAGCUAACUGGACACUCCUACAGAGUGCUAUACCUUGCUGUUUCACCAGAUGGAGAGGCUAUAGUAACUGGGGCGGGAGAUGAAACCCUUCGGUUCUGGAAUGUAUUUAGCAAGGCUAGAUCACAAAAGGAAUCUAAGUCUGAACUCAACCUUUUCUCAAGAAUUCGAUGAUACCAUAGUCACCCUAAAGUAAUCCUAACAAGUCAUACCCGAAACAUUUCCUUAUCAACCAGAGAAAUAUUCUGAAUAACCCAAUAGAAAAGUCUUUCUUUGUACAUAUAUGUUCAUGUUAUUCUUAGAUUUAAAGACUGAGAAUUACCAUUGCUUUCAUUAUGACCUGCUGAUGGAAACAAAAAGUGCAGCAGGUAAAUGGGCAAUAGACUGUCGUAUAUUGGGGUGUUCUCUUCCUUUAGUAGACCAAAUCAAGCUUCCUUUUAUUCCAAAGAGUUUCAUUCCAUAUCUAUGUAAUAUUGAAGAAAAAAACACAAACCUUUGGAUCCCUAAAGAUUUGGUUGAAACGUAGAUACUGURAUAAUGUAAGCUGAUUUGGUUUAUUCUUGGAACAUCAACAAUACCAUAGUUAUGAAUAGGACACAAACUCUAAGAUACCACAUAGGAUAUAAUAUUGAAUGAAUUAUUAGAAUAUAGAAAUGUGUAUAACAAACCUACUGUAUAAUACAAAUGUGAAAAGCAAAAAUAAAAUAUCUUAUUCAAUUGAAA